AUGUCUGCUACAAGCAAACCAAGGAGAGACCACCAAAUGGAUGACAAUAGUAUAAGAAGAGUGAAUUCCACGCCUGUAUGGCCUACAGAGUUACCGGAUGUCUUUUCAUUUUCAGAGUCUUUUUUCCAAUUGCAGAGAGAUUUAGAUUAUAGUGUCCUACAGUACAUGAUUCACAUGGGAUAUUCGAAUGCUGCUACUCUAUUUGAGAGGGAGCUCAGAAAUGACAUUUACGAGGGUGUUACUGACGGGAUUGGCGGUGCUCUAAAGCGAGAAGAAGAAGAAGAAGAAGAAGAAGAAGAAAAAGAGGGGAAAGAGGGGAAAGAGCUUCGACUGAGUGUAGAUGAGGAUGGAUUUGAACAGGGACUGAAGAGAGUUAAGUCAUUACAAGGUUUCGACACGACAGAGGUUCGUAAGAGUAUCAUGCAAAUGAUUCUCCAGGGGGAGAUACCGGAUGUUAUUGAUGCAAUUAGUUUUCUCUGGCCUAAUUUCUUUGAAGAAUACGAAAUGGUCAAGUUGAGGUUACUGCAUCUACAAGCUGUUUCCAAAGUGUUAGAAUAUUCCAAGGCAAAUACCACUGGACUGACCAAGAACGAGAUUGAGAAAAGGGAAGAGGGUUUCUACAAGGAAUUCGUCCAAUUUGUCCAAGAAAACCUCUCUGAUUCCAGAAUAACGCAAUCUUUACAGUUUACUAAAGAUAUGGAAUCUACAAUGGGACUUCUGGCACGGGUGGACUGUGGUAAGGAGCUCGAGGGACUCCCCGAGGACAUGGCACGACAAAUCGGAACACCUCUACGUGAACGGGUUGCAAGGACAGUCAACCAUGCCAUUCUUCGCCAUGUGGAUGGAAUCCCUCUGCAACCUCUGGAUGCUGACAUCACACACCCGCAAUCCCUGGAUACCCAGUUGGAGAACCUCGUCAAGUUGUUUCUCUACACUCUGAAGACCAAAACCACCUUGUCUUUGAAGAAAUCCACAUCCACAUCCACAUCACCAUCACCAUCACCAUCACCAUCGUUAUCCUCUCCUUCUUCUUCUUCAUCGUCAUCAUCCCCUCCCCCUUCCUCUUCUACCUCACAAGAGACUUUCAUAGCUGUGGCUCGUUCGCUAAACUGA